AAGAUACAAUGGAAAAAAUACUAGCUACAAUGACAAUACUUUGUCAGAAAAUGGAAAAAAUAGAAAGCGAAGUACAAAUACUAAAAAACACAGUUAACAGUCAGCAGCAUGACUCAAAACAUGCGGAGCUAAGUCAGCAGCAUGACUCAAAACAUGCGGAGCUAGAAGAUGACGUUGGGAAACACCUUAAAACCCAUAACAAAACGAUAUAUGCAGCUGCAGGUAGCACAUCUACAGGAGGAUCAACUACAAAAAAGGAAGAUGGUAAGACAAAAUACACAAAUAAAAAUAUGAACAAGCUAUUUUCCAAACCAUACCUUCCAGAAAAUACCCAAAAAGACAUAUUUGUACCCCCACAAGUAAAUACCUACAAAACAAGUUUGGACUCACAUAAACAAAUAUAUAACCAUAUCACCAGGACGUAUAUAGAAAAUAUACACAAAAUACAAACCUUUUUGAAUCUAAACCCCAGAGCUAAAAAUACCCAAAAUCCAAAUGAAAAUUAUAUAACCCAACACUUACAGGGAUGUAAUAAACUUAUAGCACAACCAGGUACUAAUUCAAAUCUAGUAGCAACUUGCUACAAUUAUGGACUUUUGAGUAUAGUAUAUACGACAACAGGAGAAGAAGUAACUAAGAUACAAGAACUACACAAAGCAUUUCUACAUUAUAAAAGAAUAACUAAAGGAACUUUAUUUUUUAUAAAGUUUUACUCAGCAACUGCAGAGAUACUAUACGGCGAAAUUAAACCUAUAAUACAAGUUAUCAAAAUAGGUUUAACCAAAGAAAUGAUAAUCCCGGAAAAAAUAGAAGUACAAGAAGAAAUACAAAGAGUAAAUAUCCCAGAAUUCUAUGCAAAUAAAAGGACUAUUGGGAUAGCUACCAUUUUGAAUGAAUUAUCAAACAAUUAUCUAAAUGAAAAUGCAAUUUGGAGCUACUACAAUCGAGACCAGACGAUGAUAUACUCCAAUUGCAGAGAGCUAAAAACAGCAGAUAUGGAAGAACUACGCCAAUGGAUAUUAAGCUUGCUGAAGCCAGAACAGCCACCUACCACAAGAGCUAUCAGAAAAAUUUUAUUUCACCAAAUCUGAUGACUAGAUACUGUAAAUUAGUAGGCCAAAAAUACCCAGAUCACGUAUGCACAAAAUGUGAUGGAGAAGACAACUAUAUCCCAAAAGUACAGCUAGAAUAAAAAGUAAAGGUCAUUAUGUAAAGAUAUAAAAUUAUGAAUAGUAGUAUGUCGGCCAUAUGUAAAAGUAAAGGCCAUUAUGUAAAGAUAUCAAGUAUGUCGGCCAUAUGUAAAAGUAAAGGCCAUUAUGUAAUUAUGUAAAAGUCUUUUGUUUUCUAGUGUCGGCCACUUGGCCAAAGGAGUAAGUUUUCUCUUGUAUAAAAGGAGGGCAUUCCUUCAUGAUAAAAUAAGCCUUUCCCAAUCAACUCUCUCUUCUUCUUAAUUCCGCUUCCACAUUCAAAUUGGUAUCAGAGAAUUCUUAUUUACUA